AUGGUGCGGAACCAUGGUCUCACAGUGUGCAUCAAAGACGAGAGUGGCGUGCCGUUCAAAGAGCAGCUGCCAAGCAGCGAAGAACCGCGCAAUUACAGGCACCGACUAAUCAGCGCAGAGCCCGGCACUGAGUUCAGUGUGAGCCUCACUAUAGACGACGAUUUCGACUGGCGGGAAGCAGACUCAUUGUUCGUAGCUAUUGCAUACGACGAUGGCCAGAGCGAGAGUCUCCGAAAGUCUCGCUUGACUCAAGCCCAUGCCAUAGAGAAGCGUGGUUCACAUAGUGGAGAAUAUUCUUUCACCACCGUUGCAACUUGGGGGCAUCAAGGCUCGGAGUGCCUCGAAUACGCAUACCAAAUGCCAGGUAGCGUUAGUGUUCGCCCGAGCAGCGUUGGCUACUCGUCAUAUGUUAAUGAGCUUGCCUCCUUCCGAGGUUGCGUGUCUGUGUAUGUGCUACGUGGCCACAAAUCUCGCCCGGCCGACCCACCAGCAAAGACGCAAUUGGACUUGAAAAAAUCCCGUAAGGCGGAGAAACAAGACAGAUUCGAGGCAUUACGGAAGACCAAAUGUGCUUCCAAUGCUGGACAGUCACUUACCGCUUCGGGAGAAAAAAGCAAGCCUUUCGCAAGAGUCAGCAUCGAUUACUUCCAGGGGCAGGGCCCUGUGAGGAAAGGUCUCUGCAAAUUCCACUUUGGAAACACAAGUCAGUCCGCCAGAUGCUUCAGUACAGCAUUUACGCAUGUCAGAACUAACGCCUAUCCAGAAGCCGAUCCCAAGUCGAGCGUCAUACCCCCUUCACCACCAACCAAUGCGAUGCAAAAAGCAAAGAAGAAGCGCAAAGCUCCACCUCUGAGCCAGAAGCCAGAAAAGAAGGCUAAAAAGGGCAAGAAGAUCUAUGACAGCGAAGAUGAGGACGAUGAGGAGGUUUUGCCGCAGACCGGGAUGGUGGCGAUCAAAAAUGAGCCUCAGCCAGAAGUGCCGGUACCUGUCGCUGGCAGAGCUACGCGUCGGUUCAACGAGAACUCUAGUGCGCCGCAAGCUGCAGAUAGCACGAGUGGCCAGUCAAAGAGAAAGAGGGAGCUGGAGAUGCGAUUGCGGGAGAUCAAAUUGGAGCAAGAAGCGAUUCAAGUCGAGAGGCAGCUCAUGGAGUUUGACGACUAG